AUAACUUUAAUUAAUACUACUUUCAUCAUUUAUUCUACUUUACAUUCAUAAUCCUUUUUUUUAUCAUUCACUAACAUAAUUUUCUUAAUAAGUAUAAAAUGAGCAAUAGGCUCAAUUAAAUUGGGACGGUUGGCAAAUAGAGAGACUAGUUAGAGUCAUUUUAUUUUAUGGAUAAGAAAUUAAGAAGAAAGGAGAGAUAGAAAUUAAUUUGACCGAAAAUUAUUUACGCUCUACCUUUUUUUUCACAUUGACAUAUUAUUAUUGGCACAUCAUAUAGAACAAAUUUGUUUGUGACAUUGAUUUGUGUCAUAAUCUUAAUUGGCCUGCAUUUAAAUUGUAAGGAUUGAAUUGAGUUUUUAAUAUAUUUCUUUAUUAUUUCCUCUAAAAAAAAUAACGGAAGAUUCGAAGCCAUUAGUUUUAUAACUUCUAGAUGUUAACACAUUUGUUGUCGGAAUAAAAGAGAAAUAUUAAUUGAUGAAUGAUUAGAAGAGCAAGCAAGGAACUUUGAACAAAGCUCUACAAACUCUACCAUGUCAGGUCAACCCUUCUCACCUGAACCCAUUGAUCCCUUCCUCCAUCUCAAAAUCACCUUAAACUCCAACGGCACAAUCACACGCCUACGUGAAGACCCACACAUCUCACCAUCAUCAAAUCCCAACCUUCCAAUCUCCGUUCUCACCAAAGACAUUCUCAUCAACCCUUCACACAACACCUCAGCUCGAAUAUUUCUACCUCGCACAGCACUUGAACACGCCUCCAAGCUCCCUCUCAUCGUUUAUUUUCACGGUGGUGGGUUCAUCCUCUUCAGUGCAGCCUCAGAUUUCCUUCACAAUUAUUGUUCAAACCUCGCAAAUGACGUUAACUCCAUCGUCGUAUCCAUUGACUACCGUCUUUCUCCAGAACACCGGUUGCCAGCGGCAUACGACGAUGCUAUUGAAGCACUGCACUGGAUCAAAACACAACCAGAUGAUUGGUUGAGAAACUAUGCUGAUUAUUCCAAUUGUUACAUCAUGGGAAGUAGUGCCGGAGCAAAUAUAGCAUAUCAUACAUGUCUACGUGUAGCUGUAGAGACUAAUCUUAAUCAUGAGUAUCUGAAGGCUAUUAAGAUAAGAGGGUUUAUAUUGUCCCAACCGUUUUUUGGUGGGACCAAUAGGGUGGCAUCGGAGUCGAGGCUGUUAAAUGAUCCCGUUUUGCCACCUCAUGUGUGUGACUUGAUGUGGGAACUAGCGUUGCCGGUUGGAGUUGACCGUGAUCAUGAGUAUUGUAAUCCAACGGUUGGGGAUUGCGUUGGAGUUUUGGAUAGGGUGAGGAAGCUUGGUUGGAGGGUGUUGGUGAGUGGGUGUGAAGGGGAUCCAUUGAUAGAUCAUCAGAUGGCAUUGGCAAGAGUGAUGGAAGAUAAGGGUGUGGUGGUGGUGAGGAGUUUUACAGCAGGAGGUUGUCAUGGGGCUGAAGUUCGUGAUCUCAUCAAGCAAAAGCAAUUGAACGACCUAAUCAAAGAUUUCAUUCUGUCCUGAAUUAAUCUUAGAUGAUAAUAUUUGUUUUUGAGGAAUUAUUAUAUGAUAUUGAUGGUACAUAUGUAGCAACUAUCAAAAAUAAAAUUGUAGAAAGAGUAAACAACCUUUGGUUAUGAAUGUACUGAUACUGUUUUUUUCCUUUCUGAACGUAUAGAAUAGAAAUUAUAAACAAA